GUUGAAUCGGGUCUGUUGCAGUGUGUUAUGAAGUGUGUGACUUGUCGGUAUUUUUUGUUCGUAUAAACAUUGAUUUUGGAGCUUAUGUUUCCCGUGGCCCGACUUUUAAGUGUCAUGGAUUAUGGUUUUCCUUGUGUUUAUUGGUGUAGAUGACGGUUUGAGGAGUACAACUCCUCAAAUCUCACUGUGUUCGGGAGGUGGCCCGUUUUCGACAGCCUAACAUGGCUGAUAAUUUAAGUCAAAAAUCGCCAAAGGCAGGUGAGAAAACAAAAGUUAACAGCGUGUUGACACGUAUCAACAGUGACGUCGAUAAAAAUCUAACCACAUCAGCAGCAUCCCCUGUCACAACACCGAGUCAGAGAAAGAAAACACCAGCGUUUCAAAUAACGAGUGUCACAGUUUUGCCUAGUAUAAGUGCAGACGGAGGCGAAGAUUCAGCUGACGAUUUGGAUGAAUCUCACACGGAUGACACGUCCGACGUCGUAGAUAAUUCCAGAAUCACUGACAUAGAAAACGAAACUCCAAGUUUUUCGGAAGACACCUUUUCCAAAGAAGACGUAUUUUUCAACGCCACUGCAGCAUCUUUGGGAUCGGCUCCUGUUAUUCCUACAAGUUCACAAUACGGACUUGCUAUUGUCGCUAACGAAGCCGGCAGUGCAACUUCUAAUAACGGUAGUGUACCAGCAUCUAACGCCGCUGCUAAUACAACAGGUGACGUAAAGGCAGGUGCCACUGAUUCCACAAUUGCUGUCAGCAAUUCCAAUAGUGUAAAUAAGCAAGAAACAGAAAUGAGGGACGUCCACGCUCCAGCUAGUAGGAACGAACGUUUUAAGGUGGUUAAAAUUGAAAGCACUGUACCCUUUAAGAGGGGCAGGUGGAUGUGUAUGGAUUAUUUGGACCAUACGAUGUCGCAGAAUCAACAAAAUUCGCAACAGGCUAUCAUAAACGUUGUUAAAAAUGUGGAUGGUGAAACAAAUACCAGCUCUGUAAAGUAUGGAACUGAUAGUGGAGUUGUGAUUACAGAUGGUCUCAUUGUUCGCAGCAUAGACAGUCAAGGUAUAACAAACCAGGAUUCUUCGAAAUCUGUAUUUGUUAACGAGCAGCAGCAGCAGCCGCCGCCACCAGCUGGUUAUAUGACACAACAAGGAACUACUGGGAACUUUACACCAGGCCAGAGUGUAAACAUCUCUCUUUCUCCUGGACAAACACUGCAACAGCCGUAUGUGGCAACAAGUCAGCAAAAUAACACACUUAUUACACAGGUUCCACAGCAAAAUUUGCAGCAACAACAGCCACAGCAACAGCCACCGAUGUUGCAGCAUCAGAUGUCAGUGAUAGCUCAACAACAGCUACAACAACAGCAUCCAGCACAGGUACCAGCCCAGAAUGUUCCCAUGCAUCACACCCAGAGCAUGUCACAGGUCCCUAUGCAGCAUAAUGUAAUACCUGGUCAACAUCAACAGUCUGCUCAGCACCAGAGUUUACCUCCACAACAGUUUCAACAGGUAAUGUCUACUGCCAAUUCCCAAUAUAUUCAUCAGCAGCAGAACUUGCCAGCAGGACAACAGGUGCACCAGCCUCCAAAUAUAACUGCAAAUCAGCAAAUGUACCAUCAGUCCCUGCCACCAGCCUCUUCGCAGCAGCAGAUUUCACAAGCAGCAUACAUACCACCACCUACACAACCAGUGCAGCAGCAACAGCAGGUUCCUACUGGCUUGAUAACUGUUCAACAAGGUCUUCCACAACAGAUAAUAGUUCAGCAACAACCACCACAACAACAGCAGCAGCAGCAAAUGCAAGCCACUUAUUAUACCCCACCUCCACAAGGUGUGUCUGCUCAGGCCACUCAGCAAGGAGUAAUCACAAUGGGCCAAGUUCAGCAAGGAGUUAAUGUUGUUUCACAGCCUCCGUCAGUUGUGUCACAGCCAAGUAUCAUCCAGACUUCAGCUGCCAGUCAGACGAAAGUGCCAGUUCAAGGUCAGCAACAGCCACAAACCAUUCCUUUAUCUCAGCCGUCUGCUACACAGCAAGUAUCAAACAGUGUUCCAAUGUCUGCUCCAGUGAUUUCACAGAAGGCACAUCUUCCACCGAUUCAGAUAGUGAAUUCACAAAUCCCACCAUCACAGGAUCAAGUACAACAGCAUAUUCCUGUCUCGCCGCAGCCUCAGCUGCAGCCACAACAGCAAAUACCAUUACAGCCACAAGUACCAGUGCAACAGCAACAGAUGCCACCUAAUCAGCAACACAUUCCUCAGAUCCACCAGCAGCAAAUUAUUAAUCAGCAAAUAACUCCACAGCAACAGCCACCAGUACACAGCUCAAAUUUGCAACCUGUGCAGCAACAAGUGCAUAGCAUACAGCAGCCGCAACAACAGCAGCCGCCUCAGCAACCAACGUCACAGCAGCAGCAGCCACUGCCUCAGCAACCACCUCCACCACAGCAGCAGCAGGGACAGCAGCCAGCCAGUGUUAUGGGGCAGCAGCCUAUGAUUCCUGUGCAAACAUCUGUUCCUAUGUCCACUAUUACUGGACCAGCACAGCAGAUGUAUUCAAAUAGUGCUACACCAGUGCAAUCGUAUGCAAAUCCACAACCUGUCACUGUCACAACUGCUAGGACUCCAGUUAAUCCAGUGCUGCAACAUCAAGUCUCUGCAAGUGGUGUUGGUGCAACAAAUAUAAGUGUGGCUUCAAAUUUACCAAAUGUGGUGGAUCCAAACUCAGGUACAGUGAUUGGUAUUGUCAGUAAUCCUGCUGAAAACCAAAUUUCCCAGCCAGAAAUGAAUGCUGCCAAAACUGAGUCCCAUGAGAUUGGAAAAAAUGCCGAGGAGAAGCAGACUGCCAUUGCCCCAGUUGAGGACCAAGAAAGUGCCUCCGGUACCAGCGCAGUUGCCAUCGAUAACAAGAUUGAACAAGCAAUGGAUCUCGUGAAAAGCCACCUCAUGUUCGCAGUGAGGGAGGAAGUCGAAGUACUGAAGGAACGUAUCGCAGAGCUCAUGGACCGAAUCUGUCAGCUCGAGACGGAAAACACGAUCCUGAAAGCGCACGCCUCUCAGGAAGCCCUGGCGCAGUUGGGCCUAAAUAAUCAGGGCCAGCAACAGCAACAACCUCCGUCUCAGCAGCAGCAGCAGCUACAACAGCAGCAGCAGCUACACCAGCAGCAGCAACAGCAGCAGCAGCAGCAACAGCAACAGCAGCAGCAGCAGCAACAACAGCAACAGCAGCAGCAGCAAUUGCAACAGCAACAACUCCAACAGCAGCAGCAGCAGCAGCAGCUGCAGCAACAUCAGCAGUUGCAACAACAGUCGUCAGUGCAGCCACAGCAGCAACCUCAGCAACAGCUGCAGGGAAAGGCACUGAAUGGCACUCUCCCGUAAUUGUAUCCUAAAUCCCACUGUGGUAUUCUUGUUCCCACACACUAGUCAGCUGGGAGCUGGCAAAAAGGGCAAAGACUUUAUGCUUAUUGCAGUUCUCCUCAGCCUGUCAGCUUGCAGUGAUACUGCUCCACUGUUUGUGUAAAUCUGAAGAUGCUCGUUACUUUGAUUGUUUUAGUUAAUAUAUGUAAUGUCAAGUUUUCCAAGUAUUACUGUACUGUUGAAACGACAGGGAACCUGGUUGCUAAGAAAUGGAGCACUCACACUAGUAGAUAUCCCAUACCAUACGUACUGCAAAACUUGUGGGUAUCUUCUGUCUGCCUUUCUUUGCUCUGAAAGAGAGAGAGAGAGAGAGAGUGAGUGAGUGAGUGUGUGUGUGUGUGUGUGUGUGUGUGUGUGUGUGUGUGUGUGGACACGCAGGUGUGUGCACAUAAUAGAAUCUCAGUUUCUGUUUAAACAGUUAUUUAAGGAAGGACUGUGGUGCUGCCAUUAUGUAUGAAGUGAUUGGUUUGGAGACAGGAAAGAAGACUGUUUUAUACUAGUUAUUUUAUGUAAAUUAGUGAGAUGCAGAAAUUAAUGUCUCGGAAAGGUACACGAAAGGAGUGUAUUACGUGUUUGAAAGAGUAUUGCUGCGUUCACUUCGAGAAACUGGCUGUUAGUAGAUGUGUAAUAGUCUCUCUGUUGAAUCUAUCAACUGCUAAAAAUGUCCACUGUUUUAUGGGUUGAGUAAGUGUUGUGUAUUUUGGAUAUUAAGUUUUCAUGUUUAUGGAUUUUUGCUGAAGAAAAUAACAUAGCUUUGGUGGUGUUGAAUGAAUUUUACUGAAAUGUGGUCUGAAUGUAGAAACCACAUGACUUCAAAGAUGAUAUUCUGUCAGCUCAGAUUUCAUUUCAGAACAACAGUAGUUGCAAUGUAACUGGAAUGGAGUGAGAUUUGCAUUGAACCCUCAUACAGAGUUUAAAAAAUUAGUACAUGCUUUUGCCCCACAAUUAUGCUAACUUGAAACACUAUUGUAUAUUUAUGGAGGGCAUGUCACUAUGGCUGUGCUAAUAAGAUAAUUAAUUUUUUAAUGGUUCUCGUGUAAAUAUUGUAGUGUCGAACAGUGUAAAUCCCGCCCUCCAUAUAGUAUAUUGUUAGUGGUACAUUUUGUAUAAUUGAGUUAGGAUAAUUCGUUUUCUUCAAGCGUGUAAGCACUAACUGCUCAAGAAAUGUUAAACUUUAAUUCACCAAAAUGUUGUUGAAGCAAGAAGUUACAGAAGCAGAAUUGAUUACUUACUGCAGUUAAUGCAACUAACGACACCUAAUACAAUAUAAAUCUUAAAUUUUCUACUGUUUAUAGGACACAAAAGUUUUGCGGCAUAUCACAUUGUAAUUCUAAUGCGUACUUUUAGAAGUAAAAUUAAAAAAAUAAAAAAAAAAUAUAAUUUCUAUCUGCCACAUACUACUCUGUCUGGUGGAGCACAUAGAAGAGGUUUCUUAUAAUUAAUUAUGAUUGUUUGACACAUUCUAACCAUAGUUUUUCCAAGUGAGAUUUGCCUUAUACAGUGCUGCUUAUGGUUGCUUUAUUGAGCUCCACAAAAUGUGAUUUAAUGACUUUAAUGCGAAAUACUUGCUUUCAAAAGAGUAGAAAUUUGUAAUUUUUGAUUGAGCAAACACUGUAAGUUACAGUAACUGAAAACUGACUUCUCAUUAUGCCUCUGAAAACUCCUAAGAACCAUUCUCCGAAGCAGUGCAGUACUUAUUCACGAUUAUUAAGAAAUGUGUGACAUUAUUUACCAUGUACACAGUUUUAUUUGACAAUGAAAAUUCAACAGUAACAAUAACGAAAAUCACUAACAGUCUUAAUCAAUGUAAAAAUAUGCUAGUGUCUUAUAGAGUGAGACGUAUAUUUUAAAAAAAAGUGAUUUUUAAUUGUACAGUGUGACUGUGUACAGAUGACUGUUCGAGGCCAGCUGUGGACUGUUGCUGGGCCUUAGUGUGUUUUGUAAUUAGUGUCAGUUGUUACAUGUUAAGUUAUCAUGCAUUGGAAGUAUUGGAAGACAGAUGCUUUAUCUUCUUUGUGGCAACAUAUACAAAUGUAUUUCUGUAUAUAUACUUUUAUUCAGCUACUUUUGUCAACUGGCGAUAAAACUGAUUUGAGCAAAACAAUGCUUGAGACAUGGUUCCUUAUUAUUAUUGUCAGCUUGAUUAUUAAUAAAAAAUCUUUAAAUAAGUUUUAUUUGAUUGUUUUUCAA